GGUGUCGAGAAGCCAUUGCCGUGCGCGUCUGAUUGGGCGAUACGUCGACAACAACCGCUCUCGAUGGUCGACGCCUGCUGCUGCGACCGGACCGAGGCUGCGCAGAACGCGGGCCCAAGCUCGCAUGACGCCGAGAGCUUGCGCCACGUCACGAGCGUCGAGUGUCUCUUCUGCCCGCGCUACAGCGUCGCCACGCUCCUCGGUGGCAUCGAGCGCCUCAUCUCACUCCACGCGUCCAACCCGAUUGCGGACUACUGGAAGCGCCUCAUCCUCAACCCAGCCGCGAUUCGCCGCGUGUUUGGCGGCAUUGGCGUGCACCAAACGCUGCGGCAAGACGUCGACUAUGGCAUCUACCGCGACCAGUACGUGUGCUUCUUUGUCGCAACGCGGCUGUACCCGGCGUACCUGACGUGGCACCAGCCCGCACCAGCAAAAAAAGAAGAGUGCAGCCGGCGGCCGUCGAGCCCCGAAGCCUCGACUGAAAAGGUCAACGGUCAGCUGCGCGAGCGUGCGGCCUCUGCGCCCAACUGGUGGGACAUCAACAUCAAGCAAGGACCGGCGCCAUCCGCCUUCAAGUACCCAUGGACAGAGCUCUCGACAGACGAGUGGUCCCACGCGUUCCUGGACCUCUAUCACUGCCUCUGGUGCGAUGUCCCACUCGACCCGAUCCUUCUCGGAUUCCUCAUCAAGAUGACCAAGACGUACAUCAUCUACACGCCCGUGUUUUCCAUGCUUCGCAGCCUUCAGGUCGAUGGCGUCACAUGGAGCGAACGCCUCUUGUUCCACUCGUAUCUCGAAGACAUGGCGGUCUUGGUCCACGGCCUUGUGCACCUCGGAUAUGCGGCCGACUUGUCCCGUGCCUUUGCGAAUUCGCUCGUGCUCGGGCUGCUCCAUUCGAUUGGGACGGCAUAUGAUUUCAAGGCCGCGCGGGGCGUCGCCCACGGCAUGACGCAGGCGCGCAUGGCCAAUCACAGCAGCGUCCUGCACGGCCUCGUCACGGGCAUGUACCCCGACACGUUUACGUACCUGCAGCGAGGCACAUCGCACAUGACGUCGUUCGAGGCCAACGCCGCCUACAUGCAGCGCGUCAUGGACGUCGAGUUGCAGACGUGGGUGGUCGCCACGAUCCUGUCGCCCGACGCACUUGCGCUCCUGAGUCCUCUCCUCGACAUCAGCAUCGACGAGCUGCUCUUUUGGAACGUGCACGCCGACAUUGCCAUGAACCCGACACCCACCGUGUUUGUGCUGGACGUCAUUUCGGCGCUCCUCGAGCAAGUGCCAAUCGUGGGGCUGGCCGAGACCGUCGUCAAGCACCUUGGCCAGCUCGUGCCGAUGCUCACGACCUUGAUCCACAUUGCGCGCUACAACCGGCAAAUUACGUUUUUGGCGACCCAAGCGUCCUUCUCCGACAGCGAAGACGACGACGACGAUGAUGACGGGUGCAGCGUCGACGCCCGGCUCGACAGUCGAUGCGCGAGCGUCACGAGUCCGCUCAAGCGCAACUGGUCGGGCGCGCUCGACUGUAUUCCGCUCACGUCCAGCUUUCUCCUCCUCCACGUCUUGCGCGCGAUCAAAGCCAUGAUUGCAGUCGAGCUAUGGGACGCCACGAUGGCCGACCACGACCUCGUUCCUGGGCUUCUCUCGCUCUUUGAGCUGCACCCGAAUGCCAACCUCCUGCACAACUCGCUCUUACGCAUCUUCUUGACGCUCCUCGACCGCCCCAACGGCAAAGCCAACAACGUUUUGCUGCGAAGCGCCUUCCGACACGAAGCGCAGAACCUGCUGCGGUGCAUUGAGCAAGGGCUGAUCGCACGCGAGACACCGUACCAUGGCCAUGUCGCUCGCCUCGGGAUCCGCCUCCACCAGAUCUGCAGUGCGCCAACUCUGCAGCAGGAGCUCGUGCGCCAGUACUGCCAAAAGAGUCCGACAUGGGCCGACACGGUGAGCCGCCUCGUGGCCGAGCACUACAAGCAGACGGACGACGUUGCAAGCGCGUCGGGCAACCGCAAGCGCCUCGACUCGGUCGGGUCGGCCGCCAACCUUGUCGAGAAGGCCAGCGUGACGCUCCACGCGGUGACGCAGAGCCGCGAACAUAGCAGCAGCCAAGCGUCCUUCCCGAUCACAGACGCAGACCUCGAUGCGUUGGACGAUGCGCUUCAGAGUGAAGACGACGGCGACGUUGUCUCGGGGCACGUCUUCCAGCAAGUCGCGCUCGGGCAAUGGAAGAAAGUGCAUCUGACGCUGCACAAGAGCACGUGCUCACUACGCAUCGCAAGUGAAAAGCCGGCGAGCAAACUGCGGCUCUUCUCGCGCGGCAAGAAGUCGACCGGUUUCUCGAUGGUGGAUUGCCACGCGGCCGAGUGGAUGGUGUACGUCAAGCAGCAGAACGCGUUUGGUCUCCAGGUCGUCGGCUUUGACACGAUCAAAGAGGUGGACGUGACGCUGACGCUGGUGCUGCGGCAGCGCACCUCGCGCGACGCCUGGCUGCGUGCGAUCGCGUCGUCCAUCUUCCUCGCGACAAAGGGCGCCGACCUCAACGAGGAAGCACACUUGCGCACCGUGCGCGCCAUGUACGAAGCCUCGGUGAAUGCGUUUCUGAUUACGCUACCCCCGGGCAGCAGCACCUUUGUGCUGCAGUGCGAAGUCCCAGAAGACGUUCCGUUCUGGGGCAAGUAUGCAGGACCGGCGGGCAUGGCCAAGUUCAAGGCGCUCGUCGACGCCGCGGUCACCGUGUCGGUGACGUCGUCCCCGAUGCUCGAGACCAUUGGCCACGCGGUUUUUGCCGAGUAUUCCAUCACCUUUGGGAACAUCGGCGUCAGCUGCGUGUGCGUCUGCCGCGACAUUUACACGCUCGAGCGCGGCCUUCUCGUGGGCCUCACGCGGUCGCUUGUCGACGCCGAGAAGCUCGUGGCGAUGCUCCAGCGCUCGUUAUAAUAACUGAGCUUGCAUCCGA